CCGGCUGCGUCUCCGGGGCCGCAGGCGCAGGCCCAGCGGAACCGGCCGCCGAGCGGGUGCGGGUGCGGGCGCACCGGCCAUCACCGCGCGGCCGCGCAGCGGACACCGUGCGCACCGGCCUGCGGCGCCCCGGAGUGGGGCAGACCACAGAACCCGAGGCCAUGUCCCAUGAAAAGAGUUUCUUGGUGUCUGGGGACAACUAUCCCCCCCCAAACCCUGGAUAUCCUGGGGGACCGCAGUCCCCCAUGCCUCCCUAUGCUCAGGCACCCUACCCUGGGGCUCCUUACCCCCAGCCCCCUUUCCAGCCCUCCCCCUAUGGUCAGCCAGGGUAUCCCCAUGGCCCCAGCUCCUACCCCCAAGGAGGCUACCCUCAAGGCUCCUACCCCCAAGGAGGCUACCCCCAGGGCCCCUAUCCCCAAGGGGGCUACCCUCAGGGCCCCUAUCCCCAAGAGGGUUACCCACAGGGGCCAUAUCCACAGAGCCCCUUCCCCCCGAACCCCUAUGGACAGCCACAGGUCUUCCCGGCACAGGACCCUGACUCACCGCAGCAUGGGAACUAUCAGGAGGAGGGGCCCCCGUCCUACUAUGACAACCAGGACUUCCCUGCCACCAACUGGGAUGACAGGAGCAUCCGACAAGCCUUCAUCCGCAAGGUGUUCCUGGUGCUGACCCUGCAGCUGUUGGUGACGCUGUCCACGGUGUCUGUGUUCACUUUUGUUGGAGAGGUGAAAGGCUUUGUCCGGGAGAAUGUCUGGACCUACUAUGUCUCCUACGCCAUCUUCUUUAUCUCACUCAUUGUCCUCAGCUGUUGUGGGGACUUCCGGCGAAAGCACCCCUGGAAUCUUGUUGCACUGUCGGUCUUGACCAUCAGCCUGUCCUACAUGGUGGGCAUGAUUGCCAGCUUCUACGACACCGAAGCUGUCAUCAUGGCCGUGGGCAUCACCACAGCCGUCUGCUUUACCGUGGUCAUCUUCUCCAUGCAGACGCGCUACGACUUCACCUCGUGCAUGGGCGUGCUCCUGGUGAGCAUGGUGGUGCUCUUCAUUUUUGCCAUCCUCUGCAUCUUCAUCCGGAGCCGCAUCCUGGAGAUCGUGUACGCCUCGCUGGGCGCUCUGCUGUUCACCUGUUUCCUGGCAGUGGAUACCCAGCUGCUGCUGGGAAACAAGCAGCUGUCCCUGAGCCCGGAGGAGUACGUGUUUGCCGCGCUGAACCUGUACACGGACAUCAUCAACAUCUUCCUGUACAUCCUCACCAUCAUCGGCCGCGCCAAGGAGUAGCCCGAGCCCCCAGCUCGCCGUGCCCCACUCAGGUGGCAGGGCUGGCCUGGACCCUGCCCCUGGCAUGGCAGUGCCAUCUGUACUUCCCUUCUCUCUCGCCCCCUGGCACAGUCUGGGGCGGAGGAAGCCCCUUCAACCCUCCUGUAUGUACACCACAGAUACUUCCGUUUGGACCCGCUGUGGCCACAGCAUGGUUCCUUGUAGCCCUCCUGCCCAUGCCAAGGGGCAGUGGGGCCACGUUUCCGUGCCACCUCCUGUCUACUCGUUGCAUGAGCCCCGUCUGCCAGCCCACCCCAGGGUCUGGGGGCAACACCAGGUCCCAGGGGAGAGGGAUUGAGCCAAGAGGUGAGGGUGCACGUCUUCCCCCACCCCACCCCGUCGCAGUUCCCAAGCCUGGCAUAGUGUACCCCCUCCCUCCCACUUCCCGACCCUGGAGUGCCACCCUCUGGGGAACAUGCAGGGUUGGGGUCUCAUCCAUGUUGAGUCUUGAGGGGAAAGAAGUCGGCCUGUUUCUGGGGAGGAGGGAGCCUUUCUCUCGUUCCGCUGUCAUUAAAAUUCCAAUAAAUGGGACCCUCUGCUCUCUGC